AUGGACCCUAUAUUUUACACUUUUCUAGGUAUGGGAUUAGGAUUCAUUGGAUCUUAAGUUGUUAUGAAUAACUUCUUCAAAAAUAAGUAGAAUACGAAUCCAUAAUAGAAUUAAGCUACCAAGAAAUACUUGCCCUCUACUCCAGAUAUGAAAAAGGCUUUUCAAUAAAAUCAAAUCCCUUUAUAAAUAAAAAGAACAAUAGAAUUGGAUGAUUAAAUCAGAAAAAAAGUGAAAAUUUAAUCAUCUCCAGCCUAAUUUGAUAAAGAUGAUGAAUUAUUAAUGGCAUAAGAUUAAGAAUCAAACAAAUCACAUUAGAUCAAUAAUUCUGAUCAUAAUACAUUACCUCAGACUCCAAACUUUCAAAACAAAACACAAAUAUAAUCAAAUAUUAAAUUGUUUGUUACAGCUGACUAAAUACAAUAAAUUGUCACAUCCCCUUUAAUUUUAAAAUCAAAUAAAUUUAGCGCCUCUUGUAAGUUAAUAUAAUAACUUAAGAAAAUAAUCAUCCUGAGAUUACCUAAUCAAUUAGCCAAUCUGAAUAAUAAGUAGAAAAUAAUGAAAAAGAUGAAUGA